UUGCAGACUCCAACAGUUAUCGGCGGCUCAGGUCUACACGUCGAGAUCGAUGAAACGCUAAUAUCUCGCCGUAAAAACCCCACAGGGCAAGUCCUUCUCCAGCAGUGGAUUUUCGGAGGGAUCUGCCGGGAAACUAAAGAGGUGUUCAUGUAUGUAGUACCAGAUCAAACUGCGGCCACUUUGAUGGACACAAUUCAGGCCUGCAGCGCUCCCGGCUCAAUCAUUAUCUCCGAUUUGUGGGCACCAUACCAAGGAAUUGAAACGAUGAUUGACAUGAAUUAUACCCAUGAAAUGGUAAAUCAUACCGAAAACACACAAACUAUCGAACCUCUUUGGCACGUCUACAAGAUACAAAAUAAAUGCCAAUGCGGCACACACCGAUCUUCAGUGGACAGCUAA